CACUCUCUGGCUGGAGCACUCCACUGUAAUCAGAUUAACGGCCCAGCCCACGGGACAGUGACAGCAGUCCCCAUUGGCCACCUGUUGCCUUGAAGCCCCGGUACAACUGUCUGCAGUGUUAGCAUGCCGCUAUCUGCCUGUGAAGCGACGCACAUUGUCAGAAAUACCGGGAGUUCUGCCUGGGUUCUCCAGAUGGAGAAUUACUUGACAGUCUGCCGUCUAAAUCCUCCUCAACAAGGACAGGAGUACCGUUAAAUCCAGCAGAAGAUGCAGAAGAAGAGUCACUCCUGUUGUUCAGCGUAGACUUCAGACACCUUCAAGGCAUCACACAGACCAGAGGAUUGUUUUAAGUGUUUGUAUGCAUUCUCAUUGCUCCCUGUGUCUUAACUAUUGGGCAGCAUGACUUGGUUCCUGUUCCCUUGUGACAACCUGCUGUGCAGGUUUUUAAGCGUCUCCAUCACGCUGUGGUUGAGUCUUCUGUUAGUUUUCACGAUCGUGCCAGCUGUCCUCGGAGUCUCUCUUGGUGUCCGUAGACUCUACAUCAGGACACUUCUUAAGAUCUUUGAGUGGGCAACAUCACGAAUGGAGAUGGGAGCAAAGGAAAAGAAUCAGGAACUCUAUAAACCAUAUAGUAACGGAAUUAUAGCCAAAGAGCCUCCAUCCUCUUUGCAGCAGGAGAUCCAUGAGCUCCGAGGUUCUGCCAGCUGUCUCCGCUCUGAGCCGGAGUUUGAGAUGGGAGACAUCUUUUACUUCUGCAGAAGAGGCAUGGAGAGCAUUGUGGAUGAUGAGGUCACUAAGCGCUUUUCAGCCCAGGAAUUGGAGAGCUGGAAUUUGCUGACUCGAAGCAACUACAACUUCAGACAUAUAAGUAUGAGACUCACCGUGGUGUGGGGGCUGGGAGUGAUCGUCCGCUACGGCGUCCUGCUGCCUCUCAGGGUUACUCUGGCAGUCACCGGCAUCAGUCUACUUCUAGUCCUGACUACUUUGGUGGCCUUUUUACCAAGCAGAGAGUUGAGAUUCUUCCUGAGUGAGAAGAUUCACAUGUUUUGUUAUCGAAUCUGCGUUCGAUCUCUCACAGCUAUAAUCACCUAUCAUGACAGACAGAACAAACCAAAAGCCGGCGGCAUCUGCGUGGCCAAUCACACAACCCCCAUCGAUGUCAUCAUCCUGGCCAACGAUGGCGGCUAUUCUAUGGUCGGACAGGUCCACGGAGGGUUGUUGGGAAUGAUCCAGAGAGCCAUGGUCAAAUCUUCUCCUCACAUCUGGUUUGAGAGAUCAGAAGUGAAAGACAGACACCUUGUGGCCAAAAGGCUUAGUGAUCAUGUUGCUGACAAAACCAAACAGCCCAUCCUGAUGUUCCCUGAGGGUACUUGUAUCAACAACACAUCAGUGAUGAUGUUCAAAAAGGGCAGCUUUGAAAUCGGCUGCACUGUCUAUCCUGUUGCCAUUAAGUAUGAUCCUCGGUUUGGAGAUGCUUUCUGGAACAGCAGUAAGUUUGGUCUGGUGAAUUAUCUGCUGAGCAUGAUGAGCAGCUGGGCCAUCGUCUGCAGUGUUUGGUAUCUGCCGCCUAUGAACAGAGAGGAAGGAGAGGAUGCAGUGCAGUUUGCCAACAGAGUAAAAGCAGCCAUAGCUGCACAAGGAGGAUUAGUGGAUCUCAUUUGGGAUGGAGGACUAAAGCGAGCAAAAGUGAAAGAUACUUUCAAAGAGGAGCAGCAGAAACUUUACAGUAAAGUUCUUGUGGGAGAACAGGAACAUGGGGACAACAAACAUGUACAAGAAGAAAACCAAGAAGAGGAAAAAAGCAAACAAGAUACAACAAAGGGACAGGACAACACUGUACAACAGUGAAAGCAUUGCUUAUUUUGCAAGACAAAGGAGAGGCCUACUUUUUGUGCAUCAUUGCAUUGUAUUUGUGAUUAUUAA